UAUUUCAUUUCAGAAUGUAAUUAGGCAAGGGUUUGGUUAAGGUUAGGGUUAAGGUAAAGGUCAGUUGUAGGUUUUGGCCGGUCGGUUUAAACGUCGGUUGUGUCGUUAACCUCACCCACGGUAGAAGGAUAGGGUUAACCUCCUCCUGCUCCGCAGACCUUCAGCAGGGCGGAGUCUGAAGGCACAUUGUUCAGUGUUUUCGGCUUUGGAAAGAGAGAGAAUGGUCAUAUCAGUCUGUGUGAAGGGUCGGUCGACAAGGAUCAUGUCAGACUACAAAUGAUGAAACAUCGUGAACGGAACACUACACCGACUCCAAUUCCUAAAGCCAACCGCGAGACCGACUCGGUGAUUAUGGCCACCGCUGACUCAGCAGUGAGAAGUUUAUCAGAAGUCGAAAAAUACCUUAACAGCCGGAACGAAAUGGCAGAAAGGAGCAGUGGUGAAGGGAACAGCCUGAACAUUCCGGAGUCGAUGUGUCGAGGCAGCUCAGAGAACAACCUAGAUCUGGAUCUGAGCGGUAUCCCAGACUCCCAACGCUACCUGGACUCCUCCCACCGCAGCUUAGACUCCUCCUACCGCUCCCUGCCCCCCGGACUCAACAGCCUGCAGCAGAAGAUCCUCCGGGUGACUGAGGAGUUGAAGAUUGAGCAGGAGGCUCGUGAUGACAAUGUGGCUGAGUACCUGAAAUUGGUGAACAGUGCCGACAAGCAGCAGGUGGGGCGCAUCAAGCAGGUGUUUGAGAAGAAGAACCAGAAGUCAGCCCACAGCAUCGCCAACAUGCAGAAGAAGCUGGAGCAGUAUCAUAAGAAGAUGAAGGACAGCAGUGAGAAGGACGCCAGCUCCAAACACCACAGCAGUCCCAAGGUGACCUCCAAGGACAGGCUGAGUCUCACUGUGAGCAACGUCAGCAGUGGUAGUGGACGUCACCCCACGGACAAGAUCAAGACUGUAGGGCCUGGUGUCUCACUCUCACCGCCAUUCUUCUUCAGCAAGCCCCGGGACUUUGCCAACCUCCUCAGGAACAAGUUUGGCAGUGCCGACAACAUCGCCCACCUCAAGACCUCCCUGGACACGCCCAAUUCCUUCCGCUGUGAAGGCACUGGGCGGACCCUGAGCGGCAGUGCCACCAUCGGGGAUGGGAAGACAGCAACCCCCGCCGCCACAACGACCCCCAAGUACACCAGCGAUGACGAGUGUUCCUCUGGCACGUCCCUGUCUGCGGACAGCAACGGGAACACCGUGGCUCUUGGGGUUGGCCUGGGUCUAGAAGGGGGUUUGGGGGCUGCAGUGACACCUGGACAGAGCCUGGAUGUUGGGGACGGCCAGGGGAGACUUGACCUGACCAUGGAGGAGGUGAGGGAGAUCAGGGAGACCCAGGGGCAGCUGGAGGAGGACAUGGAGACACUCAGGACCCAGUUCAAGAAAGACUACGGUUUCAUCACCCAGACGCUACAGGAGGAAAGAUACAGGUAUGAGCGGUUGGAGGACCAGCUGAAUGACCUGACAGAGCUCCACCAGGCGGAAACAGCCGACCUGAAACAGGAGCUGUCCAGCAUCGAGGAGAGAGUAGCCUACCAGGCGUACGAGAGAGCCAGGGAUAUACAGGAAGCUCUAGAGUCGUGCCAGACUCGGGUCUCUAAGCUAGAGCUCCAGCAGCAGCAACAACAAACUGUACAGCUCGAGUCCAGUGACGCCAGGGUGCUUCUGGGUAAGAGCAUCAACAUCAUGCUCGCCCUCGUCACCGUGAUCCUUGUGUGCGUCUCCACAGCCGCCAAGUUCGCCGCGCCCCUCCUGAGGAGCCGACGCCACGUGAUGGGCACCUUCCUGGGCAUGUGUCUGCUGGCCCUAUUCUGGAAGAACUGGGAGAAUUUUCAGCGUGCUAUGGAGAGUGUCCUGGUGUCAGCCUAAUGCUGUCCACAACCACACACAGCAACAAAUCAUCUCCGGAUGGAUCUCAGAGCGCAGAACAUCAAAAUAGUAUAUUUCUAAGUGAUUAGAACCUACAGUGGUGAGAUUCUACAGUAUACCGUUGGUCCUGGUGCCUGCCUGGUGAGGGAGAAUGGAUCUGUCAAAACAUGGUCACUGACUGGUUAAUCUCACCAGCCAGAAUAACACUGAAUAUCAAGUCAAUGUGAGGUGCAAGAACACACAACAAGAACAGACAUCAUAACAACAGACUGCUGAGAAUGUUGUAAUCCUUGAUUAAUGCUGGUUCUCGCAAUGUUAAGUCAUAUCACGAGAAACUACUUCCUGUUCACUCCUAAGAUUUCCAUUGGUCAGAAGAGGAUGAUGCAGUCCACAACGUCACAAUGCAACAUAUGAUCUCCGGACUCAGUCAGAACUCCAUCAGAAUGGUAUAUUUGUAAGUGAUGAAGAUGAGAAGAAGUGGGAUCGAGCCUGAUGGUUUUGGACAGGGGACUUGGUUAAAGCAUGGUUACUAACUUACUGUUCAUUAUACAAUAGAAUCUCAAUCUCCCUUGUCUCUGAUGGGAUUGAUCACGGAACAUAAUCAAGUGUGCACAGUUCUGUUGCCUCAUGGUCGGAGAAGUUCAUCGGUCUUCAUGGACACACACACACACACACACACACACACACACACACACACACACACACACACACACACACACACACACACACACACACACACACACACACACACACACACACACACACACACACACACACACACACACACACACACACACACACACACACACACACACACACACAUCUUGUUUUAUGAUUUGAAUGGAUGUGUCCCAAAAGGCACCCUAUUCCUUUUAUAGUGCACUGCUUUUGACCAGAGCCCUAUGGGGCCUGUAGUGCACUACUUUAGACCAGAGCCCUAAAGUGCACUACUUUAGACCAGAGCCCUAUGGGGCCUGUAGUGCACUACUUUAGACCAGAGCCCUAUGGGGCCUGUAGUGCACUAUAUAGCGAGGGUGCCAUUUGGGACGUACCCUAUGGACUUUGUUUCAUGUCUUACAGACAGACGUUCCUCAUUUCUUCCUUAUUGCCUGCAGUUACACGUUUGUCAUCUUUUAAAACUGACUUGGUUUGUUUUUCUUCUUUUAUUGGAUCAAGUUUAAAAGUGCAAUAUGUUGUUUGAUACAUGUUUGUUUUUUACAACUUCUUUGUUGUUGUUUUUAUUUAGAAAAUCAUUUAUAGAGAAGGGACGAGGUGCUGUCUGAUGAAUCCAUACCCACUAAGGCCACUGAGGUUUAGUGAUAAGACAAGCUGUCUCUUCUGACGGAGACAAAAUCAAUCCUACGGGGUUAUCAGUUUGUGUUCCCACCAGGUUAUCGCUCGAUAAACAUCAAGACAAUAUAAAGACAGCAUAAAGACAUAUCUCAUGGGAUUUUAUUUAUGCGGUUUUACGGAAUUCCAAUAGUAAUAAAUAAUUUGAACAGCUGAGAAGAGUGGACUGUCUACAACACUGUGAUAUGAGAGGUUAUUUUACCACCCCACUGAGAAACAUUUUUCUCGCGACAGCAGGGUCGUUCCACCAAUUCAGUGACUUUUGAGAAGUGUAAUUUGGUAAAAAAACCAAAAAAACUUUGAUUUAAACAAAUGUUUACACUCUGUCAUAAAGAGCAUAUGUUCAACUUAAUAAAAAUAACAUGUUUUACCAUCU